UUUGUAUUUGUCACGCGACACUGAUGGCGCAUCACUUGCACUGACGUUCCUGUAGCACCUCGCCGAGGAGGAUGCAGGCACGCUCGGCACUUCUCUGAACCCCAGUCCGGGCCUCCGUGACUGUGGGCCGAGCUUAUUCCAAUGCCAAUGACACCCGGCCGGUGCCGACUGCAAGAUUCGCCCGUUCAGUCGAUCAGCAGCACCGUGGCCCGACAUCCACACUCCCAAAGCUCAAGAGAAACGGAGGUUCCCAUAUUCCAUAUUCGGCACUCUCUUACUGUGUUUCCCCCCGGACUCUUGGACGUUGCGACAAGUCACGACACUCGCAAGGAGACACCCACGCAAAGGCGGCUGCAUCAAUCACAUGCCAAAUCAUCCCCACCAAAACCGGGAUCGUGGGCAAGAGGUGAUAUACGGGAUAUCAGUACAGCACUCUUACAAGCUCUUGCGCGGCGCCUACACAGACUCUUUCGAUGGAUAGGAGUAAUCGAGACCCGCGUGACUCUUCUGAAGGUCAAGGCACCCAAUCCCGUACAAAGGACAAGGGCAAAGGCAAGCAGACGACCUUGGAAGCACCCCUGAUGACCAGCGGUCCAGCACAUACGAAUCAGUCCAUAGGUUCAAGAAUCGUGUCAUCGGCCUCAAAGUUGGCGAGCAAUUUGAUCACGAGCACAGCCAAUGGUUCAGACAUCGGAAAAGCUCUUCCCCCGAGUAAAGCUGGUGCUAGUAAUUCUUCUUCUGGCCUGCUCCCAUCUGGACAACGGCCAACUGUCCGCGACCAACACGCCUUUGCCAGUGGGCCAUCGAACUCAGCAUUCGACCACCAUCCGAGCGGCGAGAAUAGCUUCAGGUCUUUGGACACGGAGCGGCAUGCUGCUCAACAGGAAGCCGCGUUCUCCAGCUUCUUAGACGGCAUUCCAGUUCUGGAACCGCCAUUGUCGUUGUCUUCGUUAACAGACACAGGCGACAGAUCCCAAACAACAUUGCGCCAGAUGAACCGGAUCGAUGAGCCAAGCGGAGACUCACCCAGGUUCGGCUCUGCCGGGAUGCAAUCUGAGGCGGCAGCACCGGCCCAGGAUGGUCUAGAUGUCGUGCGACUUCUUAAUUCUAAUAUGUACGAGGAAGUCAUGGCGGCCACGUCAGAGGACGAACCCAUCUUUUCGGAAGAGGAGCGAAUAUCCUUGCGACGUGCACUUUUCGGGGACGGUCUUGACGGCACUGGGGAUCGGCCAAUCGACUGGAACAACUUGCUCAAUUUCGUUCCGUCUUAUGUUGCUGUGAACGAUAGCGACCUUGGCGCCGCGAAAGAGCGAAUGGCACACAUGGGAACAGACCAGCUGGGUGAGUCGCAGCGCGUCUGGGAAGAGCAAUGGGCACAAGUGCUCACACGGUACACCGACGAGGUAUGGGGAGAUCUGAGCUCGCUCGUGCGUGAAGCACGGCGGGAGGUUGAGAACGCAGAGACCGAGCAGCCAGGUCCAGUUGCUGUGGGCGACCCAUCUGGGUUCCCAGCACUGAGAAGGCUGCAGCAAAUUCUUGGGCAGAUCCGGGGGUCCUGAUGGUAGAGGCAGGCAGGACUGGUGCCAACGCGGCCUCACUUCAGGAGGUGGUUGUGUGCGUGAUCAUGUAAUACGACGCAGCAGCGCCGUAACGGCAUGGUUCCGGAAUAGUGGCUCGUUUCACGCCUUGCCCACGGCAAGAGCUUGCAUCCCUGCACUCGAUGGGGUGUGUGACAGGCUUGGGGUGCAAUUUAUAGAGCUUGCAAUCUGCACUGUUCCAUGCGGUGGAAUCGCACAACCCUGACC